AUGUCUAACGUCCUUGGUUCCGACAACCCAAAGGCUUCCAAUCUUCGACCUACAGCUUUAAGUAAAGAGAAAGGCAAAACGAUCGAUAGCUCAAAUUAUUCAAACGGAAUCAGACCCUGCUCUCACGAACUCCCUGAAACCUCGAAGAAACGCCGUUCAGAGACCACGCCGCUCGUCUUGUCAAGCCACUCCGGACUCCUAGACGAUCCCAUAGUGAUUGGCGACUCGGAUGAAGAUUCAGCAGUCGUUUACUCUGCGCUUGUAGGUCCAGCUCGAACAGAAGAAGCUUCCUCAUCAAAGCGUCCCACUUCACAACACAAGACGCAAACUCCAAACGCGUGUUCUUUGAUAGGAUCGGGCUCUUGCUCGGAGCUCAUCCACAAGAAAGACAAAGUAGCUCAUCUUGCUAAGGGUCGGGCACAUAUAGGCGAGCGCUCAGAUUUCACGACUUCGAAUACGUCACGUCCACGCCCAGAUCCCCCUUCGUGUCUUCCACCCCCGAUCGAGUCAAAAUCUGUUUCUCAACGACCUAGUCAACCAUUCAAAUCCUCCGACAAAGGGAAGCAACCUGCAACAUCGACUGUGUCGCCCCGGAUCGUUCCUACGGCCGGGGCCCCACAAACUCGUCCUCAUAUACCUGGGUUGACGGCACGUAAAACGACGAGCGCAAACCGGGCUCGUAAUAGGAAUCGUUCGAUACCCUCAGGAUCGACUUCGAGCGCUCGAAUCCCCAAUCCUAAUCCUAAAGGGCUGUUAAUCGCUCUUCCAGCACCAAAACUCCCCCCAAAACCCAAGGCCCCGUCGCCCGAUUGGUCCCAUCGCCCAUUGCAUUCCAGACCGCUGGAAGGUCCUGAGCGACCUGGAGAAUUCGAGAGCGACUUACAGGCGACGUGGUUACGAGAGAAGAAACCAGAUUUGUCGACUCCUUUGGGGAAACUAAUUUAUUGUGAAAACAUCAACUCUCGCCAGAUGUGGGAAAACCCUGAAAUUCCGCGAAUUGGGGUGGUAAUUCCAGAUGAUGUCAAGCUGAAAAUGGUUGAUCGGGCACUUGCACCUCCACUCGAAUUCGUCUAUACAGACAGGAUUGUGUACCGAACUGGUGGAACACCAAUUACACCAAGAUGGAAGUGCAACUGCCUCGGCGACUGUGGAAACAGUAAGAAUUGCGCUUGUCGCGAGUAUCAGGAAAGAAAGGUUCACAGCCUUACGAAAGAACUUGCAGGUGAUCCGGACGCCCAAGCAUUAGCACGGGAUUUCUCAGGUUUUGCUUACCAAUCAGAUCGAAGGCCUUUGCACUCUCAUAAAAAGUCACCUGAUAAUGCUGAGACUGACCAAGAAUCCAGACUUGUGAAGCAGGUGUUCCUACAGGCUAAGCUUCCUAUCUUUGAAUGUAAUUCACAAGUCUUCCUGGACACUGAUCACCUGUCUCUCUUGAUCAUUAUAGUGCGGAUGUGGGCCGGAUUGUUUAAACCGAGUGAGUUCACUUUUAGAGUUGAUUCUGAUACGUCAAAAGCUGAUAUUCCAUUUUUUAAGACUGUGGGGCGCGGCCGGCGAGAGAAGCUUAAUCUGCAAAAGACUCUUGCAACAGGCUGGGAUGCUGUUUUUAAAGGUGUGUUUGUGGAUCAAACUGUUACUCAAGGACGGCUGGUAGCGCAUUAUAGUGGCGAACUUAUCACAAUUGCCGAGCAAGAGAUUAGAAGCAGUGAUCUCUACGAUCGAAUUGGAAGAACCUAUAUUUUCUCUCUGGAUCCAUGGUGGAUCAAAACCCUUGGUGGUGGUCAUGAAAUGGAUGAAAACGGUUAUUUAAUAUUUCCUGGGCAUGAUGACUCCACCAAGGAGGUCCAGCCGCUACACAAAUCAGUUGUAACUGAAGAAGAUGAUCAAGAAUUAAAAGACAAUCAAGAAUUAAAUGAUGAUCAAGAAUUAAAUGAUGAUCAAGAAUUAAAUGAUGAUCCAGGUGUGGAGAGUCUUUAUACAGUAGAUGCUUUUUGGUAUGGUAAUAUCUCAAGGUUUAUUAACCAUUCUUGUGCACCCAAUACGACGAUUAUUCCUAUUUAUAUCAAUGAUGGCGAUCAUACCAAACCGAUAUUUGCUAUGUUUGCUAACAAGAUGAUCAAGAAUGGAACCGAGGUCACCACAGCUUAUUCUGAUCCAACUAGUCAUGAGAAAGAUGAAACUGGUGCGAUCAACAUGACACGCGCUAUGGAAUGUCGAUGUGGUGCACCUUUCAAUCUCAGCAGUGAUCUGACAUACAUCGUGCUAGCUACAACAAACAGCACGAUGAUCAAGUCUCAACUCACACUGCCGGUCUAUUACAAGGCUCGUUUCAUCCAAUCUAACAAGUUUUAG